AUGUUUGAUGUAACAUCGAGAGUUAUUUACAAGAACAUACCUAACUGGCACCGAGGUCUGGUACGCAUGUGUGAAAAUAUCUCCAUUGUGUUGUAUGGCAACAAGGUGGAUAUUAAGGACAGGAAAGUGAAGGCAAAAUCUAUUAUCUUCCACCGAAAGGAGACCCUUCAACACUAUGCCAUUUCUGCCCAAAGCAACUACAACUUUGAAAAGCCUUCCCUCUGGCUUGCCAGAAAGCGAAUUGGAGAUCCUAACUUGGAGUUUGUUGCUAUGCCUGCUCUUGCCCCGCCCCCCCCCCCCGAGGUGGUCAUGGACCCAGCUUUGGCAGCACAGUAUGAGCAUGAUUAG